UAAGUCAAAUAAUUAGCAAUUAGCUAGCAAACAAUUAGCAUAAACAAUUAAUAAAUAAACAAUUAACUAACUAAUCAAACAAUUAAAAAAUUAUUAACAUAUAAUUAAUAAAUAAACAAUUAACCAACUAAUCAAACAAUUAACAAAUUAUUAACAAAUAAAUAAUUGGCUUAACAGAAACUAAAUAAAUAAUUAGCUAGUCUAACAAUUGAAAUGGCUAAUCUAACAAUUAACAAAUACUUAAGUCGCUAAUCUAACAAUUAACAAAUACUAAAUAAACAAUUAAUAAAUAAUUAACAAAUUAACAACAAAUGAAAACAUUAAAAAAAAUGAAAAAACGGGGCAGUCCAAACAGCCCCCAAUAAAGCAAAAAAUAAAAAAAUAAAAUUGUGUAAAAGUUUUUUUUUCGACACCCGCAACAAUUACACAAUAAUCAUGCUUAGAGUAAUAAUAUAUUUAACAAUGUAAUAGAAAAUUCAUAGUGAAAUACCUAGAUUGAAGCUUUUUUUUUUAGUUUUUGAAAUGAGUUCUACGCCGCUCUAUUCCGAAAUCAGACCUUAGAAACUUAUUCCUACACUUCAAUAUACCAAGAAUAUUAACUUUUGUGUUGAAAAACAACAUGAAAACGACGUUUUCUAUGCUUGGGGACCACAUAAUCGCCUUUAAUGGCAUUUUUAUUUAUUUUAUUUUAUUUUUGAAAUGGAGGGACCCUGGUAGGGAAGGAGAAGGGACAACUUAUGUUGCCCUCUUUCACGCACGAAUUCUGUGCGUGAAAGCAUCAAAGUUUUAACUUUACAAUUUGAUCAUUUCACGCACAGAAUUCGUGUGUGAAACUUUUUUUUUUUUAAGUGUUAUUUUGGUUCUAACUUUUUUUUUUUUUUUGGUACCACAAAAGUCGCGGAUUCAAUGGAGAGCAAGGGAAAUGCCAAUAAUGCUUUAAACAAACAAAUUAAACGUGCUUCACGUACAUUAGAGCAAGCAAUCUUGACUAUAAAUUGAAGGGGUUAGGAAGAAGGAUAAAUCAUCAAAAACAAAUCAAGCUAAAUCCCUAAAGAUGAAGACCAUAUUACUCUUUCUUUCCCUUGCAAUAUUCCUUCCCUUGUCAGCCUUUGCAACUUCCAACACUGAUGCUCCAAACAACCAACUAUUAAGAGAUGUACUCGACACAUAUGGUAAUCCCCUCAACAAAAGCAGCAGGCACUUCAUAAUUCCAGCCAACUACCUUAUGAACAGUGGAGGCAUACGCCUUGCUAAUCUCGGCGAUCAACAACAAAACACUUGUCCCACAUCAGUAGUGCAAUCCAAUAAUUCUGGAGACGAUGGUAUUGGAGUUUAUUUUACACAUAAAGAUCCCAAACAUCAAAAGAUUGUGGUGUCCUCUUCGGUAAACAUCAAUUUCUAUCUUGAUAAUUAUUUGUAUUCUAACCUAACCGUGUGGAAGGUAGACUCCCCUCUUAUACUCCUGGCCCAUGUCUUCACCAUAAGCACAGGUGCAAAGUUGGGAAAUCCUCUCGAUGUGACAAGUUGGUUCCAAAUUAAGCCUUACCGUAACUUGUACUAUAAGCUAGUGUUCUGUCCUGAUGUUACUUGCCAUAACAUUGGCACCAUCAAGCAAAGUGGAUAUGAUCGUUUGGUUCUCUCGGAGAUGCCAAUGCUCUUUCAGUUCAAACUGGAUGAUAGAAUUGGAAAGGCCGAAGCAUGAUCUUCAUGUCAUUUCUCUGCUACAUCUCUAAAAAAGUAAUGUCAAUGUAAUAAUGCAGGGCUUUAGUGCCAAUGCAAAACUUAAUAUUAAUGUACGUAAUGCAGGCCUAUGUGCUGAUGCAUACUUUAUCUUUGAUGUAGAUGUUCAACUUUUUUUAUUUCCGCAAAGUAAAACCGUGCACCUCAUGAUUUGAAAUGAAAUGA